AUGAUUAAAUUUAUUUUCCAGACCCCGAUUCCUCCAGUCGAGGUCUCUGGUGAAGGACCUCCUCCUCCUGAGUCUUCUGAAGGACCUCCUCUUUCUGACCAGCGCAUCGUGGGAGGCUAUGAGGCAGAGCCGUACAAGCGCGGGUACCAGGUUUUGUUUAGAACAAGUGGAAGUUAUUGUGGUGGUGUUGUCUUUAGUGAACUGUUUGUCCUGACAGCUGCCCACUGCAUACCAGGCAAGAAUAGGCGAAUGACUGUAACUGUGGGCAUACACGAUCUAAAGGUGAAGGAGAGCUUUACCCAGGUGAUUCCCGUUGCAAAAGCAUUCCUUCAUCCGGACUAUUACGGUGGACGGGGCAUAACCAAUGACAUUGCUGUCCUGAAACUGGAACAGAAAAUUAAAAUGACUGUUGAAGGACACCCCCUCCCCCCUAUUCCUUCGUCUGACCAAUACAACGGUGUCCUUGCAUCAUUAAAUUAUUUGAAUAUUUUUCAAUUGCUAUUGAGGAACCUCACUUCUCAGCUUUUGUGCCUUAAACAUACAUUAUCAUGUGGAUUUGUUGAUCUUUCCGUUUGCUCCAUGAAUGUCGGAUGCACUGUAGUCAUCGCAAACACUGAACAAGACCAACACUUUGGCAAAAUCCUGAAGCUACAGUUCUGGAAUCAUAUUUCGCAAGUAUUUCCUGAGGCCGACCACCUACUUCAGGGUACGAGGCGCCUAUGCAAAGCGUCAGGGUGGAGGUUGGGCCCUCCACUUACUUUCAGCAGUUGCUGCCUCGGUUGGCCUAAGUGA